GACCGCCUGCGCCCGGGGAAUCCUGUAACUACUGCAACACAAGCAGAGCGGAGUGCUGGAACCGGCUGUGGUGCUGCUACCCGAAAACUCUGCAUUAAGCAGGGGCAAUAAGCUUGGCGCCUUUUCACCCACCCUGCAAAAAUCACUUUGAAUGCCAGUUGUCGCGAAGUAAACAAAAAACAAUCGAUUAAUGACAAUGGCAAUACAAAUACUCCAGGCGUACUGCAUUUGCUGGACUUUGCUGCUGUCCAUUUACAAUGUUUGCUGUCAAUUGGCCCCUGAGUGCUACCCUGGAGGACACCAGCUCCUUCAGAACCCGUACAGAAGUGUGGACUUUGAUUCACUUCGGUUGCAACAGUCAGCAAUACAGGAGCUGAUAUGCGAUCACUCUUUAACACCAGGAUGGUAUCGCUUUCAGAUAUUUGAUAAACCUGCAGAAAUGCCAACAAAAUGUGUAGAGAUGAAUCAUUGUGGUACUCAAGCUCCUGUCUGGUUGUCUCUGAGAGAGACAGAUUCUUUGCCACAACCUGGAGAGAUUAAACAUUUGACUGCCUGUGCAACAUGGCAGUUUUUCUUCAGUACAACAAAGGACUGUUGUCUUUUCCGAAUUCCAGUCAGUGUGCGAAACUGUGGUGACUUUUUCGUGUACCUACUCCAACCUACACAAGGAUGUAUGGGAUAUUGUGCAGAAGUCUUGUCUGAAACAAAAGAUAAAAGCGACUGUGGUCCAGAGGAGACAGAAAUUGGAAAUGCUUGUAGAGCUAAACAUCCACCAGCUCCAGCUGCUCUUGAAGUUGUAGCUGAGCUAGAUAAUGGCAGUGUUUACCUGAAGUGUUCCUUUGAGAGUCCAGCAGUGAAUACUUCUCUUGGAUUUAUUAUCACUUGGUUCCGUCUGUCAUCCGAUGGAACCAAACAGGAGCUGCGGAAGGAAACAACAGUCCAGACGUUUUCUUUCAUCGAAUUGGAUGGAAUAAGUCUCAGACUUGGAGACCGGAUUUACUGUAGAAGCUUAAGUUUCUACUUGGAUAGUCCAGAUAAUCAAGGACCCUCUGCUGAAAGUAAAGAAUUUUUCGCUGGCAUUAAGAUUCACCCUGAGGCUUUAACCAUAGCAGAGGAUGGCAAGCAGCACAGGCUGGUGUUUGAGAGCACCAUCCCUAUCCCUUGCACUGAGUUCAGUCAGGCUGAAGACGAAUGUAAACUCACAAUUUUGCUUAGCACAAUUAACCAAGAUUCGCCAAGUGCAGGAUAUUCUGGCACAAAUCUUGCCCUUUCCUCAUGUCACGUGGACCUAUACCAAGUACCUUGCAAUCGAGGCAUAUGCUCCCGAUCAUCUGUUUACUAUACAGCAGUAACUGACUUUGUACAGGAUGGUGAUAGUAUAACUGAAGUUCUAUCACUGCCUAUUGCCACUGAAAACUUCCUAUGGAAUAGCUACAUCCCAGAGCCAGUUCAGAUAAUGGUGAAAGAUGUCCCUACUGCCUAUUGUUACUCAUUUACUGAUCCACACCUAAUCACAUUUGAUGGCAGGCGUUAUGAUAAUUACAAAACUGGAACCUUCAUGCUAUACAAGAGUAUUGCUCGAGACUUUGAAGUUCAUGUUCGUCAAUGGGAUUGUGGGAGCCUUCAUUAUCCAGCUUCUUGUAACUGUGGAUUUGUGGCUAAAGAAGGGGGAGACAUCAUUGCUUUUGAUAUGUGUAAUGGACAAAUACAUGAAACGAGGCCACAUUUAUCCGUUAAAAGUCAAGAUAUUAAGGGUAACAACAUUAAGAUAACUGAAUCUUACCAAGGAAAGAAAGUAACAAUCACAUUUUCCCAUGGAGCAUUCAUCCGGGCCGACGUGAGUGAAUGGGGAAUGAGUUUAACUCUUAGAGCACCAGGCAUUGACUUCCAAAGUACCAGAGGUCUUUGUGGCACUUUUGAUGGUGAUAUGAAUAAUGAUUUUCAAAAUUCAGAUGAACUUUUUGUUCAAGAAGAGAUUGACAAUCUUGAUGUUUUCAUUGAAAGUUGGAGAAUUAUGCCUGGAAAGAGUCUAUUUGACAAAACCACAGCUUCACCUAUUAGUAUCAAAAGAAAACGUUAUUGUAGUUGCAGCACUGAUUCAGUUAUGCUGCAGCAGUCUUCUAAUAAACUUGAUUCUGUUCCUCAGUCAGGAACUCCGUUAGCCUGUCCCGGCAACGAAAAUGUGAGAUUUUCCAAUUUAAUACCAGUGCUGGAUGUUACAGCAGAGUACAUCAAUACUGUCGAGUUGAUUAGAGGAAUUAGCAGGCGUGAUGCUCAAAACAAAAUUACAACUCCUACUUUAACAGAUAUCCAUUAUACCAGUCUAAGUAAACUAAAUCAAACGAUGCACUUUGCAAGGGUUUCCUAUGUUCAAAAAAAGAAUACAAUGCUGAGAAAACGAGGAAUAUCAAGGGAACACAGUCGAAGGAACAAACAUAGAGACAGCUAUUACCAUCGGGAAAGGUACCAUGAUCAUAGAAGAUGGAAGCGCCAAAGUUACUAUGAAAACUUGCCCACUUUCCCUUUUCAAAGUCUUACUCAAACAGACUUGGAAGGAUUUAGUUAUUUUUUUCCUGAGGACCAUACUUCUGAAUUUCAACAGGCGAUAUUGCCUUCCUGGCCCACACCUUCUGGGCUGACAGAAUCAAAGGCAUUUAAUUUAUGCCAACAGAUGGUUGCUAAUUCCAGUAUUGGCCAAGCCUGUGGAGAGAUGCUUGGCCAACGAUUAAUGGAUGUUAUAGAUAUUUGUUUCUUGGAUCUUCAACUUAAGGAUGACCUCAACUGGGCAAAUAGAGGCUUAAGUUUAUUAGAAAAUGAAUGCGAAAGGAAACUUUUGGAAGCUGGGAUCUAUCAUGGAAGCGACAAUGGGGAUUUGUCCAGUGUACCUCAGGACAUUUUGUCAGCACUAAGGUGUCCCAAUUUUUGCAGUGGCAAUGGUGAAUGUACUGAGUGGGGCUGUGCUUGUUUUUCAGGCUUCAGCACCUAUGAUUGCAGUGUUUUAGUUGAUCAGCUUCUGGAAAUCACAGAGUUGGAGAAUUCUGGAUUAUGUGAUGUUCGACAGUAUGACUGUACCACUGUGAGGGUCUUUGGCAAGGGUUUCAUGGAGUCUGCAAGUUUAACAUGUGAAAUCAUCAAGUUGCAUUAUGUCAAUGAGGAGUGGAUUCCAACCAUGUCACAGUUGACAAAAGCUGCUUUCUUGAAUAGUCAAGCUGUGGACUGCCUGAUUCCAUCUGAGAUUGGUCAGCCAUUUGAAAACAUUGUCCUUAUCCAUGCCAAACCAAUUACAAGAUGGCAAGUCAAGAUUUCAAAUGAUGGGUACACUUAUAGCAAUUCACAGUUUUUAACAUUAUUCGAUGGAGUUUGUCAAACUUGUGAGCCAAACAUGGAUGGACUCUGUACUUUAAAGGAGAACACAUGCAAUAUUGAUGGGCUCUGCUAUGGUGCAGGGGAUCCUAAUCCAAGUAGCCCUUGCCUUUUGUGCAGGCCAGACACAUCCAUAUUUGAAUGGACAAUUAUUGAAAAUAACCAGCCUCCAAAAUUUCAAGCUUCACAAGAUAAACUGCACACUUUUGUUGGUGAAUAUUUUGUGUAUCAGUUCUUGGCUUCUGACCCAGAAGGUUCCACUAUUGUUUUCAACAUGGAUUCUGGUCCCAAGGAUGCUACUCUCUCUCCUGCAGGACUACUUGUGUGGAGAGUUUCUUUACAGGACCUGCAGGUCUUCUCUUUGUCUCUGACAGAUGACUGUAAUGCUGAAACCAAGGUGUCAGUGGAGGUCACUAUAAAGCCAUGCAACUGCUUGAAUGGAGGUUCCUGUGUUACAAAUAUCAACUUCCCUCCAGGGAGUGGAGAGUACAUGUGUAUGUGCUCCGUGGGUUUUGAAGGAAGUUUCUGUGAAGUAAAUAUUGAUGACUGCAAAUCCAAUCCAUGUGGGUUUGGAAACUGUGUGGAUGAAGUCAAUAGUUAUUCAUGUAAAUGUCAAGAAGGCUUUCAAGGUCCCAACUGUCAAGAGGAUAUCGAUGAGUGUGAAGCAAACCUGUGCUUUCCAACAGUGUCCUGCUAUAAUACAUUUGGUUCCUAUAGGUGUGGUUCAUGUCCACCAGAAAUGGAUGGGGAUGGAAAUGUGUGCACACUGAAAUAUGAAAGUAGAAUUACUGAUGAUGAUUCCACAACUGUUGGAGUAACUGAGAUCUUCGAUGGAGAGUAUGCUCUUGAGGAUGAAGAUGUUGCUGUGAAAGAAGGGGAGUUACAAAAGGUGGAUGUUGAAGAUCAUGUUCCUGACAUAAAUGAGAUCACAGAUACAAUAAUACAAACAGAUGAGGAUCAGCAAAGUUCCAUCAUCACCAGCUCUGGCCCUGUUCAUGUUCCUACCUUCAGUAGAGGAUGUGCCAGUAAGCCUUGUUUUGCUGGGGUACAGUGCUAUGACCACAUACUACCAGAGGUUGGAUACACAUGUGGCCGCUGCCCACCUGGAUUUCAUGGCAAUGGCCAUUUGUGCACCAGAACUGAUUUUUCUGGUUUUCAAAAACCCAGAAGUACCAUAUCAACUGCAAGAGUCACUCCUACAACCACUAUGCCUAGUGUAACGACAACUGCUGUUAGGAAACAGCAUUUUCAUCAUUGGACAACUGUCUAUCAUGGGUCUACAGACCAUCCCAUCAUCUCAUCCAUGGAAUUUACACUUGGAAAACCUCCAGAUGCACAAAAUCGGCCUCCCAUGUUUUUAGAAAAUGACGAAGGGACCAGAGAGAGCCCCACAGCAGAAGUGACAAAUAGUAAUGCAGUACCCUAUAGCAUGAAAGGAGAAAUGAGUAUUCCAAAAACAAUUGAUCUAACAUUGACUGGGAGAAGGCCUUUAAUAAAAUCACAGCCUCCCUUUGUGACUACAACUUCAGAAAGUCUUUUCACAGAAGAUGAACUGAUGCCUGAGCCACAGAUGGUUACAUGUGCAGAUUCGCCAUGUUUUUCAGGGGUUCCUUGUGAACCAACUCAGUAUGGAAGUUUCAGAUGUGGACGGUGCCCUUUUGGCUAUUUUGGUGAUGGAGUCACUUGCAAAGCAAUGUGCAGAUAUCCAUGUGGUAGGAAUAUGGAAUGUUCUGCACCAAAUACUUGCCGCUGUAAGCCUGGAUAUACUGGAUACAACUGCCAGACUGCUAUAUGUCGGCCUGACUGUAAGAAUCAUGGAAAAUGCCUGAAACCCAAUGUUUGUGAUUGCAUGCCUGGAUAUGGAGGACCAACCUGUGAUGAAGUUUAUUGUGAACCAGCAUGCCAACACGGAGGAAUAUGUUUGGUUAGAAAUCUCUGCACCUGUCCAUAUGGUUUUGUUGGACCACGAUGUGAGACAAUGGUUUGCAACAGACACUGCGAAAAUGGAGGUGAGUGUAUCUCUCCAGAUGUCUGCCAGUGCAGAUCAGGUUGGUAUGGUCCCACGUGUAACACAGCUGUUUGUAGUCCAGUUUGCCUAAAUGGUGGAACGUGUAUCAAACCCAACAUCUGCAUGUGUGCAAAUGGAUUUUUUGGAUCACAGUGCCAAAAUGCAAUUUGCACACCUCCUUGCAAGAAUGGUGGUCAUUGUAUGAGAAAUAAUGUCUGUUCGUGUCCAGAUGGCUACACAGGAAAAAGAUGUCAGAAAAGUGUCUGUGAGCCAAUGUGCAUGAACGGAGGAAAGUGUGUGCGUCCCAACAUCUGCUCUUGCAUGUCAGGCUGGAAGGGAAAAAGAUGUAAUAUACCUGUCUGUGUACAGAAGUGCAAAAAUGGAGGAGAAUGCAUUGGGCCCAGUACUUGUCAUUGUCUGCCUGGAUGGGAAGGAUUACAGUGUCAAAUACCUGUGUGCCAACAAAAGUGCUUGUAUGGAGGCAAAUGUAUUCUUCCAAACGUGUGUUCCUGUCGUCCAGGAUAUACCGGAAUCAUUUGUGGUAAGAAGAUACCAUUGAGACUGGGUUAACUUGGCCCCGGUAUCAAAUAUUCCUUCUAGCAAUAAUGGACAUAAUGCUGAAGUUGACUGAGAACUGGAAAUGACUUUGCUCAAUUAUUAAGAUUGCAUUAAAUUAAAUCAAAC